AUCCAUUGGAAUUGAAUAAUAAAAACCCUGCAUAUAUUUCUGAUCUUUUUAGCUUAUAGUAAUUAAUUAUAUGGAGCUUGAACUGGGUCUUGCCCUUCCAAAUCAGACUCCCAUGGAAAUGGAUAUGGAAAUAAAGAGGCGUAAGUGUAAAUUUGCAGAAGCUUUUGAAAAUAGUGACGUUGAAGAUAAGAAGCUGCGUUUGCUUUUGUGGAGUCAUGAGCAGCCAAAUGAGGAAGAAGAUGAUCGUAGUAGCACAGACAAUAAGAAGAGUAAUGAGGAAGAAAAUAUCAAUUCACUGAGGAAAGAAUUGCUCCACCAGUAUCAGGAUCAGGGUGGUAAUUGGAAUAUUGAAAAUUUUAAUAACAAUGUAAAAGAUAGGCAGAGUUUGUACGUGAAGGUGAAGAUGGAGGGUGUUGCCAUUGGGCGCAAGAUAGAUUUAAGGCUUUUUGAUUCUUAUCAAGCUUUAAAACUCACCUUGCUCAACAUGUUUACCAAAUACUUGAAAAUUGACAGAAACGGCACUGAGUAUACAAUCUUGUAUCAAGACAAAGAAGGAGACUGGCUGCUUGCAGGAGAUGUUCCAUGGGAAACAUUUAUGGAGUCUGUGCAACGUAUGGAGAUAAUAAGAAAUGACACUUGAUGGAGGGAAGAAUAUAUUUGUUGAAUUGAGUUCAAGGUUGUACCUAAGAAAUAUUUUAGUACUUUUCAGAGGGGGCAGAAAGCAAACAAAAAAAAA